AUGGUUCUCGCCAAGGAACAUGUGGUGGUACUGGGCGCAACGGGAAUGUCUGGCAUCCAACUCAUUAAAGAAGUCCUCAAGCUCGGGUCAAAUGGACCUCAUGUGACUUUGUACACCCGAAGCUCAGCUCGCAGCAAACUCCCAGCCGAAAUCAGCGGUCGCUCAAACAUCCGAGUCGUUGAGGGUGCUCUCGACGAUCGCAACGCUCUCCUGAACGCCAUGUCCGCCGACACCAAAUCUGGGUUUCCCAAAGCAACGUCUGUCAUCGGCUUGCUCGGUGCGCCCGGGCUGUCGUUCUACCACCUCAUCACUAGAAGGCGAGGUCCAACACCAAUCGCCGACGCAUUCAGCUCUUCCAUCCUCCCCGUUAUGCGCGAGGUCGGAGUCCACAGAAUCCUAGCCUUGUCGACGUUGAGUGGCUUCCAAUAUCCAGAGGAGAAGAGGAAGAUGGACUGGUCGACUUGGUUGAAAAUGCUGCCACCGAAGAUUAUGGUACCACAAGGUGAUGCCGAGAUGGGAGGCAUAGCAAAUGCCGUGGUUGUGGAGGGUGCGAGUAACCCUGCGCUGGAAUGGACGGUGUUUCGAGUGCCAUUCUUGCACGACAAGGAACCUAAGACUCCUCUGUCUGUUGGCGAGCACUUCAUGGACUUCCGCGGCAGCCAGCAGCUGAGUAGAAUCAGUAUUGCGAGGUGGCUGCUAAGCGAGCUCGAAGAGCGGAAGCACAUCAGGAAGGCGCCUUUGUUGGGCAAUAUGGCUGCAUAA